AUUCUCUGUAAACCGCGCUGUGUCGGUAUUAUAUUGUUUACAUUACUGAUACUGUGGCUACUUGGUGACUAUCACUUGGGAUGGUUAAUUUAAAUUUAUGUCAUUUCUUGUAGCAUUAUUUAAUUAGAAGUUCCAUUAGCCUGGCGUGUUUCUUUUGAAUUUAUCAUCACUGCUUUCUGGAACUGAUUGACUUCUUAGUUUGAUUGUGUCGAUUUUUUAACUCUGAUCUGAAGAAUUGACAAACAUUUUGUACAAUUCAUCCUUUAAUAUAUUGAAGCAGUAUUUUACGUGUCAUAAAUGUGUUUGAAAUAUAUUACGAACUUGAUGGCUUUAAUGCGGUCUUCUAGCUCUUGGACUUUUUUAUUACUGACAAUAAUAGUUAUCAAUUUUUCAGUUUUUGUUAAUUCUGAAGAAAUCGCCCCUUCUGAGCCUGUUGUUAGUGUCAAUAGAAAUGUUGAGUUUCCGGGGAAUUAUGAAGAUGUUGGUGGAGACUUCAAAAAGCCGGGUGACUUUUUUCACAAGAUUAAAGACAUUCAUAGUUUAGGUUUUGUUCAUGGCUUUGUUGCUGCGAUAUCUGUUAUUAUAGUUUCAGAGUUAGGCGACAAAACUUUCUUUAUUGCUGCAGUUAUGGCUAUGAGACAUUCUCGUAUUACAGUGUUCAUGGGCGCUAUAUCAGCUUUAGCUAUAAUGACUAUUUUAUCAGCUUGUUUGGGAUUUGCUACUACUGUUAUUCCAAGGACUUAUACCCAUUAUAUUUCCACUGCCUUAUUUGCAAUAUUUGGCUUAAAAAUGUUAAAAGAAGGUUAUUCCAUGCCAGCUGAUGAAGGCAAAGAAGAAUUUGAAGAUGUUCAAAAGGAUAUAAAUAAACGUGAAGUUGAGGAGGAUGCCAUUGGAGUAACAUUAGGAGCCAUUAUUGGACAUGGCAUAUGCACUUCUCUUGCUGUUAUAGGUGGUAGAAUAAUAGCACAAAGGAUAUCAGUCAGAUCUGUAACUCUCAUUGGUGGUGUUGUUUUCCUGAUUUUUGCAGUUUGGGCAUUAGCUAUUGGUCCAGGAACAUGAAGAUAUUUAGUUUUUAGAACUAAUUUACGGUCAUUUUCUGAUUGCUUUAAAUCCAGUUUUAAAUCUAGCGUGAUGGUUUCUGGAUUUUUAUUUGGUUUUUUUAAGCUUUGGUGUAUAUAUAUUUUUUAUUGUAUUAUUAGUGGUAAACAACUUAUUUAUUCUCUUACAAUUUAUAAAUUUCAAGUCUCUAUUAAGUUAUUUUUAUUUAUUAUUAAAUUUUGCUUGACUUUUGGCUUUAUUUUUAAACCUGUCUGUUAAUAUAUUAUUGAUUGUACAGUGUGUAAAGAAUUUCAUUGUAAAUAAUAUUCAAAUUAAUAUUGCUAGUUUAAAAAUUGUAAUUAUUAUAACUGUGUUAACCUUUUCUAUGAUGCAUUGAAAAUUAACAUAAAUAUUAUUUUAAAAUACAUAAAUGGAGAUGUAAAUUCACUUUUACCAUAUCAUGCCAUAUUUCACCAGCAGAACAUGUGUCAGAAAACUCGCUCGUAAAAUUUAAUGUUAUAUUCAAGCAUUAUUGUGUUAGUUUUCUUUUUGUAUAAUUGUAGUUACUGACUGAAAUUUGAUUUUAUAUCAAGUUAAAAUAUUUUAUGUUUUCAAAUUUUUUUUUAAGAAUCAAAUGUUUGACUAUUUAUUAAUGACAAAUGUCAUGUAUUAAAAUGUGGUUUAGUAAAGUUGUAUUUAAAUAUUUAUAGGCAAUGUGGUGAGGAACCUGUAACAGUUAAAAUAAUGUAUUAUUUGGUGCGUAUAAAAGUAAAGUUAUUUAUGUAAUAAAAUUGAUAGAUGGGUUAUAUUUGGUAAAUAUUACUUGUAUUUGGAUAUAGUCAUGAUUAAUAUUAGUUAAGUGAUUGAUUUUUGUAGCAAUUAAAAUAAGGCCGAAAUAUGUAAAUGUUAAAUAAUUAAGGGGGACGUGAUCGUUAAGGAAAGUGGUAGUACAAUGCUAAUGUGGGAUAACAAUGACCCAAUAGGUUCAAAUGGUCACAAAGUGUGAGGUUUGAACAAAUUGUAUAAUUUGGUAUCACCAAAUUUGGAAAAAGGGCGAAACUAAAAUAAAUUAAAUAUUGAAGAUAAAAACGAUAAAGUCAUGCUAUAUCCCAACAAUAUAUAUGAUUUAAUACAGUAAGCUGAUGUUUCCAAUAAGAAAAACUAAUAAAUUCACAUUUAUGCAUGCCCAUUACAAUAAUUGAAAGGUACUCACCCUGUACACACAAGACAUUUCAAAGGACAACCAUCAAAAGAAACACACAUUUUUAACUUGCAAUUAAGAUUUAUUUAAGAAAAAUAUCUAACAACAUAACUAGUGGAAAUACGUCUUUAAAACCAUUUUUAACAGUAGAAACACCUUUAAUAGAAAUGGGUGACGAGAGAAAUUAAAACACAGAAGGCGUCAUAGAUAAAAGUAAAUUAUAAAAGAACGAGUAAUUUGAAGGUUAAAAUAAAUAUGGAAAGAAAGCUUAAAUUCGAGAAGGUUUUUUGUAAUGUUAAGGAAAAUUAAAGGUAUAAAAUGCUGAUUUUAAAUUUACAGAAAUUGAUAGCAGCUAUGGAUUUAAUUUAAAAUAAAGGUGAAGAAAAAAAUGUAAAAAGAAAUCCCUCGAUAUGGACCGAAGUCCACAUCUCGGAGAAUAAAAAAAGGUAUCCUGCCCGAAGGCUCGAGAGAGAGAGAGAGAAUCCGUUAAAAAAGACUUAAAAAUUCCUUAACUGGGGUAUACCAGAAAAAAUUACGGCCAAUUAAAUUUAAAGAGGCGGAGAGUUUGAAAUUUAAAGGAAAGAGAUUGGUUAGUUAGCCCCCCUAAAAUUAAAAGAAGAAAAAGAAAGGCGUGAAUAGAGGGGUUGGUUGACUUUCCCCACAGGAAGUGCGAUGACCGCAACGACCAUGAGAAAGGUCAACAAGAAAGUUAAAAAUAAAAUUGCUAAAUAGAAAAAAAGGAAUAAUGUUUAAAGAAAAAUUAAAGGCUUAGGUAAAAUUAGAAAAUUAAAUUGUCAUUGCUGGUUUGUCAUUUGGACAUUACAAUAUCUGAGCAAUGUGAGAAAUAUUAAAACAUUUCAUACUUGGUCCAUUUUCAACGUUGUAUAAGAUUCUGGAUUUUCCACUUUGUUGAUAAUAUAAUCUAUACCUUGAAAAGUAUUUCAUACUUGGUCAAUUUUUGGCAUUGUACAGGAUGUUAGAUUACAUAUAUAAAUAUGUUUUAUAAAACAUACUUUGAUUGAUAAAGGAUAUAUUUCAAAAAUAAUAUUCUGAGUUUAAUUUCUGUUGCCAUUUUUAAAUUCAUUAAUAUUUUCAGUUUUACUUUUAAUAAAUUUAAAAUAAUGUUUUUAGUUACAUUAUAUAAUAUUUAAAUCCUAUUAUUUAGAUACACCGUGAUUGAUAUUGAAUCUUGUGAUUUUAGUGAAGGCAAUUAUUAUUUUCAACUCUACGUGUUAUUUGUUAACAAUCUUGGUUGUUUACAAUGUGUUUAGUUGCUUUCAAUCUUAGUUUCUGCUCUGUAUCUGUAAAAAUUAUUCUUAACAUCAUGGUAUGAUGCUAAAGUGAAUGCAAAUUUUUGAUUGUUUAAUUUAUUUUGCUUGUUUUAAUCAGAAAUAGCCUAUUUUAAUAAGAAAUGACCUUUUAUAAUAAAAAUUAAAUUUAUUUAUUGCCAAGCAGUAAAGGGUGAAUUUUUACUAUAAUGAAAAAAACUUUAAUUUUUUAAAUGCCAUAAAUGGAAAAAUUAAAUUUUUGUGAAUAAAGUUGCUUAAAAUACAAGUGUUAUGUUUGAAUUUUUUUUUUUUUUACAUUUGAAGGGUUAAAAAUUUGUCAAAUAAUUUUCUUUUUUCAUCAGUACUGUGAUUUUAUUGUCUCCAAAGGUGUUUUAAUCAGGGAAAAUUAUUUAUAUACUUUUUACAUUAACAGCAUUAAAGUUAAAAAGAUAUUUACUGUCACUGUAUAUGCAUGCAUAGAGAACUUUCUUUAAGAUUUAUCUCGAUUUAAUCCUAAUAUUAUGGUUCCCUUAACCGAUUUACUGUGGUUAAGAGUAGUCAGGCUCUAGAGUUAAUAAAAGAAUUAUUUACAAAAAAUUUGCUCCAUGCAAAGUACAAUUGUAAUUUAUCAGCAUCCUAGAAUAUUUUACUUAUUUUAUCGAAGAUGGUAGCUAUUAAUUGAUCUCUUAUGUUAAUGCUUCCUAACCAUUAUUUUUUUCAGGCUCAACAUUAACUAGUCUCGAAUUCUAUCGACCUUGUAUCAAUUUUGAUAUUCCUUUCAUUAGGUCAUUCUGACAUUAUUAAAGUUAAAUAAUGAGUUGUAAUUUCUCUCUUUCACGCCUAGUAUUGCUUCUUAGCAACACUAUGAUAGUUUUUCUUAACUUUAAAUAGUUUUAAAAAAUAAUUUCGUAUCUGCAAGUAGGUUAAUGUCAUAAGUAAAAGGUGUUUUUUUUAAUUUUUUUUUUUAAUUUCAUGGCUUAGUAAUUUUAUGUGUUAUAGUAGUAAUGUUAGUUUGAAAAAAAUAUACUGUUUAUUUGUAAAAAAAAAAAAAAAAAGGUUGGGAAAUUGAUUAAAUUAAAAAAAAAUAAAAUUUAUUUAUUUAUAGAAAAUCAGAGUGAAACAUUAAAACAAUAAAAGUUUUAAAAUAAAGCAAAAAAAUCUAUUAACAAAUAAAUUUAUUUCAUUUUUGAAAUAAUAUUUUUUUUUUUGAAUUUUUCAAUCCCAUAUGAAAAGGUCAGUAAUUGAAAUGCCUGUCUAUGGAGGCUUGGACUGCACAUUCUAAAGUGUAUUAGUUGAUAUAAAACUUCAUGCUGAACUGUAAUUUCUUUAUUCAUAUGUUGUUAAUAAGUUCCUUUGAUCUUUUUAUGCAAUAUUUUGUUAUUGUUGUAUCCUAGUUUUCUUUUUACAUUAGCAAUUAUAUUUCAUAUUUACAAGAUCUUGGAACGAAUGUGAUCAAUUUUUUAGAACAAGUAGUAUUGAGAAAAUGUAUUUUUUUAGCUGUUUGUAAAUAGAAUGGUUAUUCAAGUUUGAUCCUGUUUACCUAUAUUACUAUUUGAAAUAGUGUGUAUUAAAAAUUCAAUAAAUUUCUUUUGUAUUAAAUUGAAA